AUGAAGCCUGAUCCGGCACUUGUAACCAUGUGGAGAGUUAUAUAUUGGACACUACAAGUGUUAUCUUGGAUUUUACUACCAAUUUUCCAGAGUUACUUGUAUACCGGUGAAUUCUUGGCAAUUUUCAGAUGGCUUCGUGCUAUUUUGGAUAACUUGAUUACCUACUCAAUUAUGUUACUUGUGGGAGGUCUUGGUUUGGGAGGAUUUUGCAUUUACAUUGCAAUUUCUAAUGCGAAUGAUCCAGCCAAUGCUCAGAUAAUUUCACUAGAUUUGAUAGCUGGUCUGGGUUUGAGUUUAUCCAAUAUUUAUGGUUUGGUCUUGUUGGUUGGUUUCAUUGGUUAUGGUAUAAUUGCAGUUCCUAGAUAUUUAUGGGAAACCUCUAAUGACGAACGUCAAUUGCAAUUGUACGAAUUUACUACACCAACUAUUGUGGAAGAAUUAGAGGAAUUGGAAAAUGAAUUGUUGGAUUAUUUGGGAGUUUGUAAGAUAUUGGAAAGAAAGGUCGACUCAACACACAAACAAUUUAAGAAUGUGGAGCGUAUAAUGAUGACUGUCGAAGAAGUGAUUCGCGAUCACCCACAGUUGAAUAAGGCAAUUAGAAGAUCCACCUCAAGAGAUGUUGAUGAUGGUUUGCUUCCUAAAAACAUUGAAGAUUUAUCAAGAUCAGAUUGUGUAAAGAUUCACAGAUUGCUCCAAAAAGCUAUUCGUGAGUUUAGUUCCAAACAAUAUCAAUGGAAACAUCUCCAAAAGAAGGCAUUCAUCUUGCAAGAUGUAAUUCACUCAAAGGAAAACAGUUCUGACAUGAAAGUUGCUUCUCCAUUCCGUAGUCCAAGACCAAAGGUUGUACAAACAAUUAUAGAAAAACCAGAGUGGAUUUAUGUUAAAUAUUUGAGAUCUCUACUUUUGAAAUUAUUGGCUCUUGCAUUCGUUCCAUUUGGUUUGAUUAUCAUGUGGUGUGAAUUUACACCUCUCUUCAAGAACAUUUAUGCUACCAAGAGAUUGAGUUUAUCUAUUUUAGAGUUGAUAAUCAUGUCUAUGAGAGAUCGUUUUGCUAUCCAGAUAGUUGCUCUUCUCAUUUUGGGGUUGAUCCUUGUAACACUCCUCUUUGCCAUGUAUAGAGUUAGAAUUUUGUACUUGUUCCAAAUGGUUCCUCAUCACACUGACUCUUACACUUUAUUCUAUACAGCUCUCUUAUUGUGCAGAGCCAUUCCGACUAUGUGUUUCAACUUUUUGCAGAUGGUUGGUGUCGACCCUGAUGAUGGUGUUGCCUACUUUGCAAUUUAUGGAGCUUUGAGAGUAGAUGGUCUUCGUAUUUUUGGUUUACUUGGUGGUUUUAUUGUCGAUUACUUCCCAUUGUUAAUUAUUGUUGUUGCCUUUAUUACAAUGUUCAAACUUAUUGAAAGAUGUGGAACUUUGUGUAAUAUUCAAAGAUUUAGUUAUACUGGAUCAAAUAUGAGUGACGAAACAAUUUUGGAAGGCAGAGAAAUAUUACAUAGAGCUCGUGCUAAGAAGUUGAGACAACUUCAAAAUGUUAGUGCUGAAAAGAUUUCCUCCUCAUUCGACAAAUUAGAAGAAAACGACUUGAGAUCAGCUGUUAAUAUUUCAUUGGAUGAAAAUGAAGAUUUUGAGACAAGAAUUGAGAUUGAUGACAAUAUCAAACUCGUUGAAGUGAAUGAGGAUAACUAUGACUAUGAUGACUUUUCAGAACCACAAGAAACUAAAAGUUCACACAAAUCUCGUCUAGAUAGAGUUUACGAGAAGCAUGGAAGAGAAAGACCAAAUCCAAAUGAUUAUUCAAAAAAUACCAGCUUUACUGAUACCAUCAAGAAUAAGCUAAAGUCAGCAAAGAAGAAUUUUGAUUCUGUUCUGUAA